AUGUCGCGUGCGGCACAGUCGACCAACCACCAGCAAGAUCCCAGCGGCUACCGUAAGAACGCUCCAAUUACCACUUCGUCGGCCUGGAACUACAGUAUGCCGAGCGGUUACCCAGCAUUCGUCUCUUUGAAGCCCAGCUUUCCAUACAUCAUCCUCUACACCAUGAAGUGCUUCUUUGCCAUUGCAUCUGUUCUGGUCUUCGCCAUGGCGGCACCCACCCCGCAACCUCAACUCCCAGACAGCAAUGCAAAUGCCAUUGCUCACAUCCGUCUCAUAGGGGACGCAAACCAACAUUACUCUAUCGGUCACACACAAGCACCAUCAGCACAAAGCGGCAGCAUCAUCUCCGUCUUAGUUGGACAGUCGAUCGACUUCAGCUCCAAUGCACCUCGGUUACAGGAAAUCGAGAUCUCGCGGAUAUCUCAAGGAGAAAGUCUCGAAGGGGUGGCUGUCUCGGAGAACGAUGGAAGUGUGAUAUGCAAGGCGUUGAUCAAGGGAUCAAGCGAUGGUCCGACGUUCUCGGUGAAGGAUGUAGGGGUAUUGUUGGACGAGGGGAGGACAGUGAAGCUGACUGGGCUGGCAUGUUGGGUCGAGCCUAAGGGAAGUGCCGAGGAUUGA